AUGCGUGGCAACAAUGAUGUAGGAGGAAAAGUAGUCAAUUGGGUCACUGAUAUCAAGUCGGCAGAUCUUUGGCUACGUAUUGAACAAGCCAGGCUUGUAGCUCAUGCAGUCAUUGCAACAGCUCUGCUACAAGCGGGACAGAAUAUGAAGCGUCCGUUUGGUACAUUCAAGAAAUGCAAUGUCUGUCAUGUCAAGACUUUGGGCUUUGUGAGUUCUCCUAAAGAGUGUGCUGUCUGUUGCUGUCUUACGUGUUCCAGUUGUGUGACCAAAGUCCGCGUGCUGAACUUCCAUGACUUUUACGUGCCACAUCAUGUCCUCUUUUGCAAAAAAUGCGUCCGCCUCAUUCACCAAGUGGAUCUGCGUGCCCCAGAGAAUAUAACGAACCCUGUCGAGUACGCUGCAGCGAUAUUGGCGGAGUCUGAGAGCUCAAAGAUGAGCUUUUUCCGCUUAAGACCAGUAAGUGGCUACAUGGACGAUAGCAACGACGGAUCGGAGGAAGGGCGCGUUUGCCACAAAGCGUCCGAGAUUAGUAGCUACAGUAGCAGGAGUAGCUCGUCUCGCUCGCUUCCACAGCCUUUUAUUGGUGGGAAACAUCAGGGCCAUGAUGACGAAGCUUUCUAUUUCAGACAGUCUAGAGGAUCAUGUCCUCCUCUGGAGCACCACGAUCAGGCGACACAUAACAAACACGUCAAGUUUGGUUCAUCGGCGAUACCUGUCGUACCCGUGACAUUUUACGACGAGCGGUUGUUACAAAGAACUAGUCAACGCACGGAUGUUUAUGGGAGACAGCAUCACCAUAAUCGUUUACCGCUCCACAGUACCGCUGGUCAGCACUUCGCUGGACGUGAGUCGGAGAUACCUUUGAUCCCGUCCCAGGAAAAUGCCUGGACAAACAAAGGGGAUGCCUACAGCGGUAGCUGUGACAGUUCUGAGACCUACGAUAGUAGUACUUUGGACUCAAGCACGGUACUACUGAUGACACAGAUUGCCCAAAUGAACCUUAACGAGUAA